GUGCCCACCAGUGCCACCUGUGCUGAGCAGUGCCUAGUAUGCCACCUGUCAGUGUCCAUCAGUGCCAGCUGUCAGUGUUCAUCAAUGCCACCUGCCAGUGCUCAUCAGUGCCACAUCAAUGCCACAUUUCAGUGCCUACCAGUGCACAUCAAUGCCACAUAUCAGUGCCCAUCUGAGCUGCCUUUCAGUGUCACCCAUCAGUGCCAGUCAGUGCCACCUAUCAAUGCCAGUCACUGCCACCUAUCAGUGCUGCCAAUCAGUGCCACCUAUCAGUGCCAGUCAGUGCCACCUAUCAGUGUGCAUCAGUGCCACCUAUCAGUGCCCAUCAGUGCUGCCUAUCAGUGCCGCCUAUUAGUGCCAGUCAGUGCUGCCUAUCAGUGCCACCUAUCAGUGCUGCCUAUCAGUGCCAUAUAUGAGUGCUGCCUUUCAGUGCCCAUCAGUGAUGCCUGUUAAUGCCCAUCAGUGCCACCAACCAGUGCCCCCUCAUCAGUGCCCAUCAGUGCCACCUAUCAGUGUCCAUCAGUGCAGCCUAUCAGUGCCCAUCACUGCAGCAUCAUUUGCGCUCAUCAGUGAAGUAGAAAAAAUCACUUAUUUACAAAAUUUUAUAACAAAAACUAAGAAAAAAAUUGUUUUUUUUUUUUUCAAAAGUUUCAGUGGUGUUUGGUUUGUUUAAGAAAAA